UCCGAAUUAUCGCACAUGAUUUCUCGUGUUAAAUAUUUUGCUGACUUUACUAGUUCCAUAGACUUUCCUAGUCCUUACAGACAGCACUCAGUUUCACUGAGAACCCGGAGAACAGUAAACCUUCUCCUGAAACCUCCUCGAUACUUUAGAAUGAACUUUUUGUUCCAUCUGGGAUCGGCUGCCGAAGUGUACUGCAGAUUGUAGAGUACAGACUGCAGGGAAGUGUACUGCAGAUUGUAGAGUACAGACUGCAGGGAAGUGUACUGCAGAUUGUAGAGUACAGACGGCAGGGAAGUGUACUACAUACUGUAGAGUAAAGACUGUACUACGCUGUACGGUACAUGGCUGAUUCUGAAGUUACAAGAUGGAUAAACAUAUAAAAGCUGUUAUUGCUGACACCCAUUGGUGCAAUUUUGGAUCAAAGGAACAUCCAAAGGAGAAAACUAGGGGAACAGAAGCUACUUAUGGAUCCGUAGAAAAUGUGGACCCAGAGAACUCUAUGAAUCACCCCCCGGCUCAACCUGGGUGUUUAUCCAAGACCAUGAACAAGAUCAAGAUCACACUGCAGGAGAAUAUGUUCACCACUAAAUUCUUCCCUCCACAGGGCAAUGUAGCGUCUGUGUUAACACUCUGCUUUGCUGUAGUAUCCGUCUUCUUGAUGGCCCGGCUUGUAUUUGGUCCUAUUGCUGGUCCUGGAGGCACUAUCUUUGCUCUGCUCAUCCUUAUCCUCUUCGCACUCAUAGGAGGACAACUCAUUAAAUUCAUCGGAAUCUGUUUGUCUCGUAUUACUGGGAUGGAUAUACGACUUCCUCCCCUUCUGGGGAUGUUACUUGUGGGUAUACUUAUGAAAAAUGUGCCUUAUAACUUUGGUCAAUUUGGUCGAGCGGAAUGUUUUGGAAAUAGACAGAUGGAUUUUGUCGACAGCCUUCAUGACUUUCCUGUCAACACAACGGAAUUUAGUGAAAACUUUAAAGGAAAGUUUAUUGACAUUGAAUCUUACUCGGGGAAAGAAUCUGGAGAAAUUAUGAACAGUUCUGUGUUGGAUCUGGACAAUGGAACAAUGGACAGAUUUUUAAGUGGAGAACAGAACUCUGGAGUAGAUUUUUCUUCCUGUAAAAAGAAGUAUAUUGGUCAUGAGCUAGAUCCUGUGCUAUCGCGAACCCUGAGGUUUAUUUGCCUAACAGUUCUUCUUCUAAUGGCAGGGCUUGAACUUGAUCCUGAUGCCCUGUGGAAUCUCUCUGGGAUGGUCAUCAGAGCUACUUUCAUACCAUGUAUUGUGGAGGCAAUGUCUGUUGCUAUUUUUUCACAUCUCAUCCUCGGAUUUCCCUGGACGGUUGGAUGGAUGCUUGGGUUUGUUCUAGCCGCCGUAUCUCCAGCAGUUAUUAUCCCCAGCUUAUUGAGUCUUUCUGAACGAGGAUAUGGAGUAGCAAAGGGAAUUCCAACUCUUGUUAUAGCCGCCUGUUCAGCAGAUGAUGUUGUGGCAAUCAGUGGAUUCGGAAUCUUCUUGGGGAUAACCUUCAAUGCAAAUGCCCCUCUCAUUGAUCUGAUACUUCAUGGUCCUAUGGAAGUUGCAAUUGGUGUUUCUGGAGGUUUAGUUUGGGGUGGGCUAGCUCAAUGGAUUCCAAACCAGCACAGUCCUCAUGUUGCCUUCUUUAGGUUCAUUAUCCUUUUCUUUGGUGGACUUAUCUCACAAUUCGGAGCAUUACUAAUAAACUAUGAUGGAGCAGGAAGCUUGGCAGUUAUUAUCAUGGCCUUUGUAGCAUCACUCAGGUGGAGGAAGGAGGGGUGGGGAGAUCACAAUCCAGUAUCAUUAACUUUCCGCAAACUUUGGAUCAUCCUGGAAGCGGUAAUCUUCUCUUUGAUUGGAACAGAAAUCCAGAUUGACAAGAUAGAUACGGAGAGCAUGUGGAAUGGGAUCCUUGUCCUUUGCCUAGCACUCAUUCUCAGGAUGAUUUCUACAUAUUUUGCUGUGUCCUGUGGAAACCUGAAUGUCAAGGAGAAGAUUUUCAUGGCAUUUGCUUGGUUUCCCAAAGCAACAGUUCAGGCAGCAAUAGGACUUGGUCCUAAACUCCUCUCUUGUGAUCUCCCAGCAGCAGGUCAAGAACAGGACCUGGAGGAAAACCAGGACCCGGAGACAAACCAGGACCAAACCAUAGAUCCGAACAGCGAGGAGGUAAUUGAUCUACAAAGAAAACAGGAUAAAUUUAUUGAAAGCGAGAAUAAGAUCGGAGAAAGAGUUAAAGACAAUGAUAAAACUAGAGAGAAGGAUUUACAGGAGCUUCUCCUAGUUAUCAGUGAGGAUGAAACAUGGGACGGACGAGGAGAAAAAAUGAAAGGAAAAACCUAA